UAUUGAAUCAAAGACGCAGUGCCAAGUCGCUUUGAGCUAACAGCAAACAAACAAACGCCGAGCUUUUUCUUUUGUUGUUUUUGUUUUUGUUUCAGAGCGAAACACAACAACAACAUUCUUCCAAACUUGCCUUGAAUGAAGAACAAGUCAAGGUCAACCCCAACCGUGUCCCCAGUCGACGAUGCCGUGUGCAGGCUCGAACCCGACAAGGUGGCUGAGGUUUCGAUUGCUGCUCAAUGCCAGAGCGACGCAAAUCUGAGCUCCGAGUUUAAGGAGUUUAUCAGUCGCACCCUCGACCCCGAUCCCCGCGUGCGCAAGCAGAUGCUCAAGGAGAUGUGCCCAUGCCGCGUGAGAGCCGAUAUUGAUCUCAUGUGGGCGAGAAUCAUCGAACUGACCAGCGACGAGUCUGACAUUGUGCGCGAUCAGGCACUACACGCGUUGGGUGACGGAUCGCCCCGCGCAAUGGAGGCCACGGUCAUGGAGAUUGCCGAGCGACUGUACAACGACCCAUCCGAUGCCGUUCGCAGCAAGGCUCGCCGAAUGGUCAACGCGUAUCGACGGACUGGCAAGUGGAACGUUCUUUGAAUUUUCAUCAGGACGCAUGUCAGUGAUUUCGACGUAGUUGAUAUCUCAGAUCAACACUCUCACCUCCAAUGGUGCAAUAAACUAGCACAUUCAAGGCCAAA